AAAAAAUCAUUUUUUUAUCCGACGAUUGCAUGAAUCAUACACGUACUACAAUUUGGAAACGUUUGACAAAAUGUUCAAAAAAACGUUUCCAAGAAAAGAAAGAAAGAUAGUUGAAACUGAUGGUUGAAAUGUGGCUUUGAACCUCAAACCAGGGUGUCUGUUUUACUUCUCUCUCUAUCAAAUUCGAUCAAAGAGUUUGAGAAUCCAAUCUAAACUCAAAUGGAUCCGUGCUCUUUCGUACGGAUCAUAGUCGGAAACUUGGCCGUUAGGUUUCCGGCUUCUUCGUCUUCCGAACCGUCUGUUUCAGCUCCAAAUUGCUACUGCAAAAUCAGAUUCAAGAACUUCCCUCGCCAGAUCAUUUCUGUUCCCGUUAUCUUCCAAACCGAAUCUGAAUCCGUGACUCGUUCCUCCAGUACUGUCGCUGCUUGCUUCAGUUUAAGCAAAGCUCAGAUAGAUGCUUCUUUGAAGAAGACUAAGUUCAUCGUCCUCUCCGUCGAGACUUACUUACGCGGUGAUGUCGUUAGCAGCGCGUCGUGUGGACUCGCUUCCGCGAGUGAGAAGUUACUCGGACGAUUCGAGGUUUCGCUGGAUUUGAAAGCGGCGGAGACGAAAACGUGUGCGGCACACAAGGGAUGGGUUGCCUUGAGAUCCAAGAAAGGGAGGAAUAAAGCUGGAUCCGAUCCGGAGCUCCAUGUUACCGUACGGGUUGGACCCGACCCGAGAUUCGUGUUUCAAUUCGACGGCGAGCCGGAGUGCAGCCCUCAGGUUUUCCAAGUACAAGGAAACACGAAACAAGCGGUGUUCACUUGCAAGUUUGCCGCGAGGAGUUGCAUAUCGUCGGAAAAGGAACAACAGUCCAAAGAGAGAAAAGGUUGGUCCAUAACGGUUCAUGAUCUCUCCGGCUCACCGGUAGCGAUGGCUUCCAUGCUCACACCUUUCGUUCCAUCACCCGGCUCGAACCGCGUGACCAAAUCAAGUCCCGGCGCGUGGCUUAUUCUCCGACCCGACGGUUGCACGUGGAAGCCAUGGGGACGGCUAGAAGCAUGGCGUGAAGCUGGUUACAGCUUCGAGCUCUUACAAGACGGAGUCGCCACUGCCGUCUCCGCUUCCUCAUCAAUCAGUUUGAAAAAUGGCGGGAGUUUUGUAAUAGACGUUACCGGCGGGACAACCACGGCGGUCUCUACGCCGACAACGAGUCCUUAUGGAAGCUGUGAUCUCGGGUCCGGAUCUAGCUCCGGGUCGAGAUCAGGAUCCGGGUCGGAUUUUGGAUACCUACUGCCGCAGCAUCCGGCGCAAAACAGAGGGUUUGUUAUGUCGGCUUCGGUGGAAGGAGUUGGGAAACGGAGCAAACCAGAGUUGGAAGUCGGUGUGACGCACGCAACAUGCACGGAGGAUGCAGCAGCGCACGUGCUGUUAGCUGCGGCGGUAGAUCUCAGUUUGGACGCUUGCAAGCUGUUUUCUCAUAAGCUAAGGAAAGAGUUAAGACAGCAAAGCCAGCUUGGUGUCGUUUGA